AUGAGUGAAAGUUAGGAGUCAUCAGAAUUUCAAUCAGGUUCUUCUAAACUUGAAAAUAAGUACAAUUUUCUUUAAUAUUAGGAGAAGUAACUAGUUAGGAUUGACUAAUGUUGAAAGUGGAGAUGAAUAAAUAAAAAAGAAAACAAAAUUAAAUGACGAAAAUGGACAAAUUAAAAUUUCAAGAAAGGUAAGUGAUGAUCUAAUUAAAAUGUUUGAGAGAUUGCCAAAUGAUUAAAUCACAAAAUUAUUAGAUGCUAUCAAAGUCAAAAAUUCACGUAUCUAUGAAUUAAAUAUCGAAUAGCUGAUUUACCAGUUAAGGUGAAUCUUGUUGAUCUCAUGUAGAAGGAUGAAGAUUUUGUUUUGGAUAGUUAAUCUGAUUCUUAAAAAGAAAAAAAAAGAAAAAAAAGAGAAUCCAAAGAAAAAGAAUGCAAAUGCUGUAAAUAAGUCGUGAAACGCCAUCAUUGCACGCAUACAGAAUGUGAAAAGCCUUGUUAAAUCUUAGAAAAAAUGAAAAAAAGCAAAACUUGA